AUGCAUAUACCUUUAUUGAAUCCCUUUCAUUGGGGAUACCACGGCACCGUUGAACAAGUGUCAAAUCCACAGGGAACUACUGCUCUCAAAUUGAAAAACAAGAAGGAUAAUGUUGAACUGCAUGAUUUCAUUAAUCAAGAAGUUCCGGGCUUGAAAGACGGAUCAAAAUUUGAGCUCCACCCAGCACUAUUCACUGGUUAUCUACAGACUUUGUACCUGGGAGGAGCAGACUUUUCCAAGAACUUCCCGGUCUUCUACGGUCGGGAAACGGUCAAUUUCUCUGAUGGUGGUAUUUGCACAGCCGAUUGGGUCAUGCCAACCUGGAAAAUUAGGUACGCCUUGGAUCCCAAAACCCAGAAAUUCGACUUGACCAAAUUCAAAUCUGAUGAACAAGCUACACACCCUGACAACUGGCCAAGGUUGCAUCCCAGAACCCGCUUUUUAGAUAAACAGGAAAAAGUGGAGGUUCAGACGAGUGAAAAGCCACUCGUGGUGGUCAUUCAUGGCCUCGCGGGUGGAUCUCACGAGCCGAUAAUCAGAUCUCUGACUCAAGACUUGUCCAACGUAGCUAAUAGCAAGUUUGAUGUCGUAGUCUUAAACUGCAGAGGUUGUGCGCGGUCCAAAAUUACAACUCGUAAACUAUUUUAUGCGCUCUUCACUAGUGAUAUCCGCGACUUCAUCAAUAGAGAGAAAAGUCGCCAUCCAUCUAGGAAAAUAUUUGCAGUCGGUUUCUCUUUCGGCGGGACGAUGUUAGGGAAUUAUUUGGGUGAAGAAGGUGAUCAAGCUCCAAUAGAGGCUGCAGCCUUCUUAUGCACACCUUGGGAUUUGUACCAUUCCGCUUUGAAAAUGAAUGAUGAUUGGUGGUCCCGAACUCUAUUCUCUAAGAGCAUUGCUCAGUUUCUCACGAGGCUCGUGAAAGUCAACAUCGAGGAAUUAGAAUUCAAAGAUGGUGACGAAAAACCUACUGAACCACCAACUAUGAAAAACCCUUCAUUCUGUGUUUUUACGAAAGAGAAUUUGAAGAAAGCACACAAUUUUUCCUCUACCAUGGAGUUCGACAACACUUUCACAGCACCUUGUCUAGGAUUUAGCAAUGCUAUUGAUUACUAUAAGGCUUGUGGAUCGAUUCACGAACUUCCCAAUGUUAAGGUUCCAACUUUAAUUAUCAACUCUAAAGACGAUCCAGUGGUUGGCGAAGAUUCCAUUCCUUACCAGUAUGCUAGAGAAAACAAGAACCUCACUCUCUGUGUUUCGGACCUUGGUGGUCAUUUAGCAUAUUUGAAUAAGAACUACGAGUCAUGGGCGACCACCCAAAUAACAGAAUAUUUCAGUAAAUUUGAAGAACUCAUUCAAUGA